CACACACUCACACGGAGUGAGAGAGGAACCUGUACUCUUCCACAACAGAAGUAGACAGGAAUCCGCAACAGAUAAUAAUUAUUUUUGCUCGAUUCUGCAAAGUGGGCUGUCAAUUGCUUCAAGGAAAGGCACGUAAGACUGUGAUCCAUGUUUACCUCGGCUUGAUCUGGACUCUUCAUAUUUGCUUUUCGGAGUGGUGCACCGGUCUUUUUGUGUUUGCGUGUGUUGGGGCUUCAGCACUCUUUUUACUGAUUGAUUUAAGAUGGUGCAGAAAGACAUUCCACCACAGAGGAGAAAGCCUGGUCACACGUGGUGCGGAGCCAUGUUCUGAGGCACCACCUUCUACCCACCUCUAUUUUCCACUUUCUUUUUUUUUUUUUUUCCAUUCCCAGGUGGAUUAUAGAGAUGUCUGCUGAUAAUUUGUAAAAUAUGAAGAUGGAGGAGAGAUGCCGAUGAAAUGAAGAAAAGAUGUGUAGUCUUAAAAUCCUCAUACAAAGCUUCCUGAAAAGAUGACGAACCAAAAAUCCUACUUUCUUCAAAAAUAGUUAUUCAGAUGCAUCUUUUUUUCAAAAACACCUUAUAAUGUCUUCAAUAUCUGGCAUUCACUGUUUUUCUCAUGGUACUGACAGCUCCGAGUAACUCAGAUGAACUGAAAUUGCUGACAGUGAUAGAUGAAGAUGGUUAGAUGGCAUUGUUUCCUGUAACUGGACAGUGUUAAGUGAGUUGCUGUGAUAGCGGCUUCAUCUCUAGAUGACUGCAGGCAGAUGACAUUUUAAUUAACUAACAAAGGCCUACUUGACAUCUCUAGAUGUGCAACGACAGAUAGCAGUAGAUUGAUUUUAUUUUUACCUGAAAGAGGCCAGGUAAACAGGGGAGUGCAAGUUCCCUGAUGAAUCCUAGUGUGGGGGUGAUGGAUGCCCAAGCGAGAAAGUUGACUCCCAUCAAGGCCAAUUCCAAACAUCAUCUUGAGGGUGAGGAUGACAAAAUACCAGGUCCUUUCGACUGCAACGUUUGCGGCCGCAGCUUUCCUUUCCUGAGCUCUUUGUCACAGCAUAUGAGACGCCAUACUGGUGCACGCCCUUACAAAUGCCCCUACUGUGACCACAGGGCCUCUCAGAAGGGCAACCUCAAAGUUCACAUACGCAGUCACAAACUAGGCACGCUCUCUAGCCACCACUCCAAUGAGGAUGAGGAAGGCGGGGCAGAAGAAGAAGAAAUGAGUGUUUCAGAGGGUCUUGAUGGCGGCACAAGUCCAACCAAAAGCAGUUCAGCAUGUAAUCGGAUGAUAAGUGGAGAUCAUGCAGAUGAUAGUCGCAGGAAAGUGCCAGUAAGGAGCUUGAAAAGAGAGAAAUCUAUAAGUGAACAGCGGCCUUAUUGCUGCCGCCUUUGUGGCUUUGAGGCCCAGCGGGAGGAUCAGCUCCUGAGCCACAUUGAGAAGGUCCACAUCACUGUAGACACAGGUGAGCAAGCGAGUGUUAAGCAAGAAUCCUUAGCUGAACCACUUGAACCUCAAUGUGAUGGGACCUUUCCCUGUGAAACCUGUGGCCAAGUGUUUACGCAAGCCUGGUUCUUAAAGUCACAUAUGAAGAAACACGCGGGAAUCCUUGACCACUGCUGUCGCAUAUGUGGACGACGCUUCCGCGAAGCAUGGUUUCUUAAAUCCCACAUGAAAACACACAACACUAGAUCACGGUCUCGUGCAAAAUUAGAUUCUGCUGAGCAUCCUGCAACCAUUAAUGAUGUCGCACAGGAUCCUGAAAUCAUUGGCUCUGUUGUGUCAGUAUACCAAAUGUGCUCUAAGUGUGGAAACCUGUUUCAUAGCAAAGAGAGCCUGAGGGAUCAUGAAAAAAUCCACAGUCUUAGUUAUGGAAAGAAAUAUCAGAACCAAUUACAACCCAGUAAAGAUGAUGACUCUCCAGCUACAAAGAGACGUUUGCUUGACUAUUUAGGCCUUCAGCCGGUUGAGGCAAGGGCCAAAGAUGAUGGAAGUGAUGAGAUACUGGGUCAAAGAAUCCCAGAGCUUGAUCCAGUUUGCAGCUACCAAGCAUGGCAUUUAGCUACGAAAGGAAAGGUUGUAGAACCUGUAGAGAACAACAAGGUUUCUAGUGAUGGAGGAAGCAUUGGCGAGGAAGACAUUCCGAUCGCUGCUGAAGACUUAGAGAAAGAGAACAGCAACUAUACCCUUCAAGGUCAAGAAAAACGCAGCACAGGUCGUCGCAGCAGCUCCAGUUUAGGAAAUCAAGCUUCAUCUGGAGAUCAGACACCAGACAGCCUCAGCGAUUCGGAAUAUCGACCAUCAUCUCGCCAGGAACGAAAACGACCGUCCCAGCCUCAAGUUCCUUCUAAAUCCAUUGAGUGUUUUGAAUGUGGUAAAGUUUUCCGCAGUCGUCACCAGAUGAUUGUCCACCAGCGAGUCCAUAGAAAAGAUGAAGGAAGGACAUCAGUGGUCGACAAGGAAAAGAGCGGAAGUAAAGACCAGUGGAGCUCCACCAGUGACCCAGAAUCAGGUUCCCCAAACCGACCUUUUACCCCAGGGUAUGGAGAUUCUCCGCCAGCCUCCACUUUCAGAGAUCAAGCAUCUGAGAUGGGCACUGCUAACUCAGGAGAGAUUCCAGAUGAGAAGCCAUAUAUCUGCAGCCUGUGUGGCUUCGUUACCACUGAAUCACAUGCCUACCUGGCACAUGUCCAUGUUCAGCAUCCGGCUGCCACUGAAGACAGAACCAGCCCCAUUCCUAGAGUUACCUCCAAUGGAUAUCCCAAGUUGAAGAAAGCCCUUCUGCAGGGUUUGGAAAAUAUCCCAUCCCAUUCUCCUCAUCUUUCAAUUGACUGUUCUCCCCUUGAGCCUGUUUUGACCCCUGUGGAUUUAUGUGUGAGGGCUGAGGGUCACAGGGGGCAAGCCCCCUUAACCCUCGACAUGAAAAUCCUCCCAAACCAUAAAUGUUCCUUCUGCUCCCAUUCUACACUCUAUCCUGAGGUUUUGUGGAUGCACCAGACUGUGGCUCACCGCAUGACCAGUAGUAGCUCCAAUCUGGUGCCUAAAUGGGCUCUGAAAAACCACAACAAGGGGCCAAGAGACUUUUCCUCCAGGAGACGUACUGGCCCUCCACCAGUCUUAGAGGGCAAGGAAUGUCCACCGCUGCCAAUACUUUUGCGUGGCCAACGUACACGUCCCCCAUCACAGUCUAACAACGUACUUAAAAAGAUCAAAAACAGUUGCCAUUCAGGUACAGCACCACCAUCAACCUCUCAGUCUUCAUCUUUACUGUCAAGACCCUCCACAUCCAUUUCAGGUUCUCAUACUGCAAGCAUCCCUCAAAGUCAGCCACCACGCUCCAGACCCAAAGUUGAUAUUGCCCCUUGGAGGAGCUCGCUGUCAUCCUCCAGCCCUAAAGAUAGGAGCUCCAACGCACUCUCGCGGUCCCCGGGCCCAAGCCUCAACUCUGCUACAGCAACCAAAAGGCCAGAAUGUUACAUGAUGCCUCAGGAGGGACUCGGCUUUAUGCUUUCUAACAAGUAUAGUACCCAAGCUGAGUACCAGCGAGCCAGAGGCUCCGCUCAAUCACAGCUCCCCAUCUCCCAUGGCCAGCGACUGUCUAAUGCCACGAGGCCUAGUGGUGUCAUCCACAGCUCCACAGCGGGGCACUAUGGAGCAACACAGGCAUAUGGAGGCAUUCUCCAGACUUCUUCAUCAUCCUCCCUCCCCUCGGAAUCUCAUGGGAAUGUGAAACAGGAGAAAACAGCAGAGAUCCCAGAAAUGCCAAACAACAUCCUCAGUUUCCUCAAAAACUACAGCCCUCAUGAGCUAGCUGCACUGUAUCACCGCUGGGGUGCCACAAAUUCAGUUUUGGAUCCUACUGGUAUCCUGAGGUCUCUCAUGCGACAGGGACAGCAUUGCUGCCACGAGUGUGGGAAGAGUUUUAGUCAGCCUAGCCACCUGCGCACGCAUAUGAGGUCUCAUACAGGAGAGAGGCCUUUCUGCUGCCAGCUCUGCCCAUACAGAGCCUCUCAGAAAGGGAACCUGAAGACACACGUUCAGAGUGUCCACCACAUGCCUUUUGACAACAACCUACACCCAGAUUCAAGGAACUUGUUGCUCAACCUGGAGGAGCAGGGACAGUUCAGACCGUCACCAACCUCCCAAAAUCCACAAUAGGGCCUCUUGUGGAUAUUUGAACUUCAGUCCAGAGUAGUGAGAGACUCACAUCAACUAAGAAACGCCAUCAUCACUUCGAAGAACAUGAAGAUUUGAUCAACUUUAAAUUUCAUUGGGGAAAAUGUGAAAUAAUUAUUUGCUUAUCCAACAACUUUAAAUGGGGCUUUUCUAUAUAUUGUAGUUUGACAUUUUUUAAGAAUUAAUACAAAUGGCUGUUUUUAACAAUACUAAAAUAAAACAAUGGAGAAAAGAGUAAAUGUUAAGUCACAAAUCUGCUCGAUUGCUUGAAAUGGAAGGUUAAGAAAAAUAAAAUCCCGUUUAGUUGAAUGAUACUAUCUGAAAUCAUCAAGUCAUUGGCAUUUUAAAAAUGAUUUUUUUUAUAUUUAAAAAUUUUGCUGUGACAUCCCACUUCAGUGGCCAUCCCUCAUUUCGGAAAUCAAUUUUCUACAAUCUGCUGCAAUCAAUUCUUCUUCUUAAUUACUUAAUAUUUUCAUAAUGAUAAUAAUAAACAGAUUAUCAAAUUUAAUGAUGUUCUCUUCAAAUGUGUGAGCAGAAAAACACAAAUCUAAAUUGUAGCAGCAAACCAGAUUCAAAUUGACUGAAGUGAUUAUUUGAUUAUCAACAUAGUGGCGGAUAAAUGUUAUCUGCAUUGUAUAACUGAUUAAUUGACCAAUCAUCACAGCCAUAAAGACUCCUUCUACUGGGCUGAAAGCCAUUAAAAUGUCUUGUAUGUGUCAGCAUGUGCAAAUGUGGUAAAGUCACUUGGCUCCACUCUUUAGUGAAAUCUUAAGAGUGACCACUCUGAAGGGGAUGAUUAGAGGCAGGGAGGCGAGAUUAGUGAGAAAGAGAGAGUCUGCUCUAAUGCUCAUUAAAAAGAGUUGCUUUUUAAUAGCCAUUAUAAAUGAGUGUACCAUUUUUAUGGCCGUACAAUUAUUGUCAAUUGAAGGGGAAGGGGCUGAGUGCCUGCAGUUUCCAUCUAUAUAACUCCUUUAUAUGACUGAGCCUUUCAUACACUGACACUUUGACUUUGAUUUACAAUGCAAACCUGCAGUGGGGGUGAUGUGAAGACUCAUAUCGAGAUCACACAAAGUAAAAGCCAGCUGGUGCAAUUUUAGAGGUACAUUUGGGCUCUGCUAAUGUUAGCCAGCAUAAUGGCUUUGGUCAGGGUUCUUCUUCUUCUUCUAAUUAUUUUAUUUUGUUUUUUUGGGGGGGGUGGGGGGGUGCUUCUUGCACCAAAACAUUGAUGUUAAAAUUCACAUUUUUUCCCUUAUGUUUAUACUAGUACAGUGGUACCUCUACAUACAGUUAAUUUGUUCCAGGACCUUGUUUGUAAGUCGAAAUGGUCGUAUGUCUAGCAGGAUUUUCCCAUAAGAAUACAUUAUAAUUCCAUUUAUCUGUUCCACAGCCAGAAAGCAUACACUCCAAUGGGAAAUUACACAAAGAAAAACAAAUAAAUUAUGAAUAAAAAUUUGAAUAAUAAUAAUUCCUGUAAUAAUGUAACAAAAGGGGUUCUAAUUUGGCAGAUGUGUUUUGUGUACUGAACCUGAACGCACCUUGUGGCUGACGUCACAGUGAGAUAGGUCAAUGCGGUAGAGAUAUUACUGUAUGCGCGGGGGACAGUAGGCAUCUUGUGCUGCACAAGUUGUGAAAUAAAUGAUUAAAAACCCGAUGAAGCCGGCGACUUCCUUGCCGAUGUUGCAACAAUAAUAAUUGUCACCUUAGCUUAUAAAGACUGGCGAACGGAGGUCAGAGGAGGACCUUCGAGAUCGUGGACAUUCUACAGCUGUAUUGUCGAGCCAGUUCAGGGACGAGCACGCCACGCUCAUAUUUUUCUAUCAUUUCCAUCUUCAUUUCAAUGGUAAGCUUCACCUUUUUCUCAACUUUCUUGGAACCCAUGUUGGUUUCCCUCACAAGAAAAUCUGUCAUGCAUCCGUCUUGCGGUAAAACAAAGAAAACUGUGGCGCUGAUGUAAAUCUUCAUAUUUCGAGCAUGUUAUCAGAUGAUAUCGAAAAGAUCUUGUGUCAAAGCAAUCGUAUGUUGAGGUACCACUGUUUAAAUAUGUUCUUUUAAUGACAUAUAAUAACUGCAAUAUACGGGCAAUUUAAAGACGCACUGUUCCGGGUUGGUCAACUGCCUUGUGUUAAUCAUCAUUUGCACUGUAUAUUAGCACUGGACAAUACUGAUAACAGAUUCCGUUUAGUUUUAUAACUGAAGACUAAAAUGAAUCAUCAGAACAGAGUGGUGAUUGUUGAAUGACUUUUCGAGUGGAUAUAGGCUAACAAGAGUACUGGAAGAAAUUCCUUCAUAGACCCACAGUGCAGGUUGUCACAUUGGGGCUUCAGGAUUUUCUUUAAUGAUACUUUUGUCAUAUGAUAGGCAGCCAUUCUAUCAGCAAUGCGACCAAAUAGUGAGGCUGAACUGUAAAGUGGUCACAGUCUUAACACAGAUGUGGUUGCAUGUCUUUGUGCAUUGUUUUUUUUUUUUUUUAAUCUACUGAAUAGGAUGAUUAACAUCUGCUCUCUGCAGCCUCAGUCAUCCACGUGUUGUGCCUACCUAUUCUGCAAUGGCAUGUUACUCUGAAAGGGGCAAAUCUUUACAUAGAAGGGGUAAUGUGUAUCCUCUUCUUGGGCUUGUCUUUUCAGCAACUCACAAACUGGGUAAGUCAUGCCUUGACUCAAUGGAUAUAUAAGAAACUCAUUUGUCAGGGAAUAUAAGUGUUGGGUACAGUUUUAGCAUACACUAUUCUAACCAGUUAGCAUAACGAGUACAUGACGCUGAAUCUAUUUUGAAACCUCUGUAGUUUUUAUAAAAACAAACAAUGGAUGUAAUGCUAGCUGGAUGAGAUAUGCAUACAAUGUUGUGUACCUUAAUAUGUCUAAUGAUACACACAAAUGUGUAUCGAAGGUUUUAGGUAGUGAAAAUACUUGAAAAUGGAUAUUCUAGCCUUUUAGUGUAGAAUAGUACUAAUAAUACCCACAUUGUACAGAAUUCCCUUUAAGAAUAACUCCUCAGUUAGAAAUUUUUACUCCGAAGUGUGACUUAGCAAAAGUGUGAAGCUGGAGUGACUGUAAUGUAAACUGUUUAUCUGUAAUCCACUCUUACCAAACUCUUUAUAUACAGCAGUAGAAACCAAAUGGCAUUAUUAGUGCACUUAGACUAGAUUAAUGCUUUAAAAUUUCACUCUGUUCAAUUCUAGCCAAUUAAGGUUACUUUGAGAAUGUUAUUACAGGAGUUACAGCUAAUACAUUUUUAAUUUUUUUCUGUAGUUUUUUUUUUUUUUUUUGCAUAGCUUUUAUUGACAUAGAUGCUUUUUGUAAUGGCUGUGUGUCACACAUUUUUAAUUAUUUUCCUCAUGGAAGGUUUGACAAGCCGUGUUUAUUUUUCAUGAAGAUCUAAGAGCUUGUUUUUAGUCUUUCUCUGCUAAAUGGUAGGACUUUUGUCAUUAGCUUGCCGUGUCCGGCCUCCCGCAGGGAUUGUUUGUUAUUUGUUUUUGGGUUUAUCACAUAUUUUAAGUUGUUUGUUUGUUUUUUUUUUGUCUGUGAGCUUUUUAUUUGUAUUGAACCUCAUGAUUAUUGUACCCAACAAGACCUUAUUAUUCCAAGUGUUUUGGUUGAAAUCUGUAUUUAUUAUCACUUCAAAAAGGACCGAAGGACAGAGGCAGGACAGUUGUGUUUAGUUAUUUUGAUUUUCUAGGUCAUUAUUUUGUUUGGUAAUUGUUUUGUUGCUGUUGGUUUUUUGUUUUGUCAUUUUCAACCCAGCAAGCCGAUGUGAAAGCUCUACCUCGUCUGAGCCAUUUUCAGUUCUGUUACACUUUUGUGAAUUUCAAAACAUGUAAUGUCAUGUCCAAAAUAAAGACACACAAAAUGGCAACUUUGGCCAUGUUUUAUCUGGUUGUUCAUACUAGAUUUAGUUUCGUCUCAGUCGCUGUGAUGGAACAUAUCCGCAUUUAGAUGAAACAAGCUUCAGAUUUAGUCUUUUUUUUUAGGGUGGGGGGUACACACCUUUCCAGUGUGAACUGAACUUUGACUUACAGGUGUCAUUACUAGCACUCACUGUCAGCAGCUGAGCGCACAUUAUCAAACAAUUUCUUCACACACCAACACAUUCUCGAUUCCUCACUUCCUCACUCCAACCAUUGUUUAAUCCAGUGAACAGUGAAGUUUGUUAUAAUGACAUUGGGCAGCUCUUUCCAAUUUUGGAGUAUCUUUUAUACUGAUGCUCCACAUUAAACUUACUGUUCGAUGUAUCGUCCGGAUAUCCAGGUUGUCAACCCUGAAAAAUAAAUGACAUUCCGUCCGCAGAUUCAAUUCAUUAAAAAAAAAAAAGAGCACUCAGUGGAAUGCAAUGUGUAAUACUGUACACAAGCCAAUCGGAGCAGGAAAUGUAAGUUGGUAGAUAAUAGACAAGCUGAAUUGUGACUAACAGACAAACCAAGGUUGAGGUCCUGUAAAAAGAAAGUCAACAUCAAUAAACCUUUGGACAGCCCAAAGAAAAGAGUUACCAAUUACAAGCCUGUCAAAUAUGAAUGAAUAAUCAUAAAACAUGCUUAAAUAUCGGCUAUGUAAUAAGGGUUCAAAAUGGGAAAAAAUAAGGCUGGCCCACACGGUCCUCGAAGCAGUAGGCCGUGUCUGCUGACCGUUACUCAGACCAUGCUCCGUACAUGAACCAAAUGUCAAUCAACUAAUCAACUACCUCUACUUGUUACGAAGUAUAAAAUAAAUGAUGGGCUUAAAUAGUGUGCUGUCUCACAGAAGCAUCUCUCUGUCAGCCAUGCCCCUUCGAUUGCUAUUUCUUUAAGUAACACUAGGAUAAUGGACAUAGUUAGCACCCUAAUUGCAUGAUAUAGUGGUAGGUAAACCCUGGCAGAAGCUGCUUUUGUUAAAAUUCAGACGACCCUCCUUGGAAUUAUUGCAGA